AUGAGUUUAAGUUUCGAGUUAGUGAUUUUUCUUACCAUAAUAGCUCUGAUAUUAAUCUUUGCAGUGGUGAGCAAUUUUCUGGUUGUUAUCAUCGUCGCCAGAAACAAGAAGAUGAGGAAUGCAACGAAUAUCUUUAUUGGAAAUCUUUCCCUUAGCGACAUCAUUUUGGGUGCCUUUGUAUUACCACAGAAUCUGCACGACCUGUCGCAUGCAGAAAACUUCCACGAAGGCGAAAUACUAUGUAAAAUAGUGAAUGGAUUUCCAAUUUUCUGUAUCACGGCCUCUAUAUUUACUCUGGUUGCUCUGUCCUGUGAAAGGAAACACAGCAUCGUCCAUAGUUUACGUCCACAGCUGACACUGUCAUCCGCCAAGAAGUUAGUGGUCUGUGUAUGGAUCCUGGCGGCCAUUGUGUCCACUCCCUCAUUUGUAGAGUACUCUGUAACCACAGUGGGACUGAAACAGAACGUCACGAUAGAAUCAUGUGGCAGUACGUUCCAUAGAACCUUCUCCAUUUUCAACGGACUUUGUGUUCUUUUGCUUGCAUACGUCAUUCCCUUGAUCAUCAUGUGGUACAAUUAUGUUCUCAUCAUAAGAUUUGUGAUGAAGAAAACAUCCUCUGUAACGGAUACACCGUCUUUUCCAUUAAAAAGAAAUCGUAAUAAUGCUCAGAAAGGUAAUAGUGAAGAAAUGGCAUUGAACACUACAUCAAAUGAAAACGUAACGACGAAUUCUACUUCGAAAUCUUCGAGCUCAAAUCGAGAGACGGUUGAAACUACGGAAAAGAGAGGAUUGCCAAACAAUAGCUUUCUCUUUGCAAAGCGAAUGAAGAUCAUAAAGAUGUUAAUUAUAGUUGCUGUGCUGUUUGCCAUUUGUUGGUUGCCAUAUUUUGUCUCCUUAGUCAUUGCUAAGAUGAACGGUAGAGAUGACAGCGAGGACUAUAAAGGGUCAUAUAACCUGAUUAAGAUAUUCCUUGCCACCCUUAGCGUGGGUUACAACGUCAUCCUUUACGUCAUCUUUAACCCAAACUUCAGGAAAGCCAUUCUGGAUAUUGUUUGUUUUAGAGGAUGCAAGAAAAGAUGCCAAACGAUUCAGAUUGGGUCUAACACCAGAGAAGAAAGAGGACGUGACACAAACAGAAUGCACGUAUCAAGUGUCGCUUAAAACAUAGGUGCAACUCUUUGGAAAUUGUUCAGGCCUUUAAAAUUUGUUGAAAAAAUAUUUAUAUUUUUACAAGAUUCUGUACAACGAUUUUGCAACUUACAUGUACUAAAUCUAUAGAAAAUAUACAUGUAAUUCUCGAACGAGCUAUAUAACCAUCUAUUGUUGAUACCGACAAUCAGUAGAGACGCUUUUGAUCGCACACUUUUGGUAUGAUAUAUUGCAUUUGUUAAUCAAACAUAUAUUUGUCACUUAAUUUACCUUAACGGUUCAAAAUGGACUAGGUGGCCUUGUAAUGCAAUCAUUUUCAUAAACUUCUCUUACAAUUGGGCGCUUGGGGCAAAACUAAGCAUGCCAAAAUAUUGUGUUUUAGUUAAUUGAAAGUAA